AUUGGAAUCGAUAUUCAGGUCGUUGCCAACGACGGUUCUUUGAUACAGGAACAGUGAAUUUAAUCGCAUCAGAUAAAAUUGAAAGCCGAUUUAUAAUUAAGUGGCUGAACCGAAGUUUAGAGGGAAAUUCAAGAUGUACACGACGAGAAUGCGAACCCACCCGGCACUACAAACAGGGUCGUAUAGUUUGGAUAAAGAAAUUAAGGACAUUAUCGAAAGUGGACAAUAUUAUUACACAUCUGAAAUCGCCACAGAACUCAAUAAUAUCAACAAUGCCUUAAAUCAUAUCCUGUUGGAUAGUAACUUCCUAACAACUUCUCCAGACUGGGGAAGUAAACUCGAUCAUGAUGAGGCUCAUGGUGCAGGUUCCAUACUCACGAAGAUAGCUGGGUUUCUUAAUGAAUAUAAAUCUGUAAUGACAAACAGGUCAAUAGAAACAGCUCAGGAGACCAGCAUCAGACAAAACCACCACUGGGCCAUGGAAAAUCUUCUGGGUCUACAACAGGAACUAGGUCCAUACACGAUGAAUGCAGCUGACCGGGUAAAACAGUUUGGUGACCAGGUUGGAGUAACUGACCGAUACACUGGCUACAGAAACAAUCUGACCCGUGGCUCAAGGCAGCCUUUCUGCAUGUCCACUAGCUGGAUGGACCAAAGUGCACCUCAGGGAUACAUGGAUACACAUCGUCCUAGAACAGCGGGUUACUUUACACCCAGACAAAUUACUAGUAUGGUGCCUCCCCGUGUUAAAUCAGCAGCCCUAGGCUCCCGUGUCCACUUUGCACAAGGAACUGCACCACCAAAGAUCACAACACGAGGAUAUAGGACAAUUGACACACUCUACCCAUUCAGUCCCAACGUCAAUCCAGACCAGCAAUUUUCCUACAGUCAAAAACUCCAGGAACUCAAGACUCAGAACGCUUACAACGCUAGCUCUACCGGUCUACAGCGUCCAAAGAUGACAUCCCCUCACAGCAUGCAGGCACUCUCAGUACAGGAACAGGCAGGCAUCAACACAACUUUCCCAGGCAGGACGGAGUACAUGACCAAAUAUGGCCGUCCUCCAAUGGAUAUACCAACCAGUGCCUUCAACAUCAACCCUACCCCAGACUUCACCCUACAUGAGCGACCCCUAGGACGUGCAACCUAUGACCCUAGCAACACAGAAUACCAAGUGCGAUAUGACUGGCCAGACAGUGAAAAAAUUGUGAUGAGGCCAUGGUUGAGAAAGUGAAAAAAUGUACUUUCACAACUUUAACCAAACUUUUGUUUUCCAUGAUAGAAUGGACCUCAUAUGAAAUCAUGAAAUAAUUUUAGAUUCAGGCAAAUACCACGGGUAGAGCGCUGAACGGUUCCGAACACUUUAUAGCUAGGACGCAGGAGUGUUAUUUAGACAAUUUCACACAAUUACUUAAAGUUACAUGGUAUUAUUUAUUUCCAAUUCUAAUAUUUUGAUCGAUAUCUAUUUAUGUAUAGAAACAAUUUAACUUAACAAUAUUUCCUCUAUAUAUUUUAUUGCAUAUCUGUGAUAUUUAACCAGACUCAUACCUGAACACACAUGGUAAGGGUCAUUUACAUAUCUUCAUGUUAAAUAAAGAUGUUUUAAAAAUGUCUUCAAACUUUGAUUACGUAUGAUUUAAGCAGUAAUCCAAAUACUUCUGAAGCUUACCAUAUCGAUUGAUGAUAGCUAGUGUUGUGUCAUCAGGGGAAGUAACUCCAGUCUGCAAUAAAACACCAAAAUAUAACUGCCCAUUGUUUUGAAGGGAUCCAAUGGAUAUUUUUGGGGUAAAUUUGCUUAUUAAUAAAAAAAAAAAAAAAAAAACACCAUAUAGCUUCCCUUGAAACAUGAGCUUAAGCAAUUAACAUUUACCUGAUAUACAAAUGUACAGUGGAAACCUAUUUUAUAUAGUAUCUAUAGUAUCUGUCAGAGAUAGAUUACCUUCCUAUCUCUCUCCACCUCCUCCCCAACUCCCAAUUUAUCCAUUCUUUUAAGCUUUAAAUACUGAUACACUGUUUAGUGGCUGAAAAUUUUUUUGGAGAUACACUUUUAGACUUGUACACAAACGUUGAGGGCAGGAGGAAUGAGAAGAAAUAAUUGUUUUAACUCUCGGCCAAGUAUCAGGAAACCUAGAUCCAUAAACUGUCAUCUGAUUAAUUUUGCACAUAUAUACUCGUAUAAAUUCUGGAAAACAUUCUGAAUUUUACUCCAAAUCAUGACCAACUAGGUUUCACUCUAGACAUUUGCGAAAAACACAAGUACCAAAACUUUCCUACAUCAAAUGUGUUGUGACUGACAUUGGAGUUAAAGAGAUUCAUUUUAUAAUUAAUGAAAAAGACAUGAAUUAUCAGAAAUAUGAUUGUAAAAUCUUUCAACAUAGAAAUCCAAAAUUAUUAUCAUGCUUUUUCAAUACAUAGAAAUAGUUUUGAAGCAUCUGUGAGUAACUUAUAGUUGAUUUCAACUGGAAGUAGACAAACAUGUAGCUUGGUGUUUCCAGCUUGUGUAGUGGGUUCAUUUUCAAAUAUGUAGUUUAUUGCUGCAUGGCUACAUACUUAGAUAGGUGUCAAGUUCAAGGCUACCCAGAAUGACACACACAUCAACCUGAGAACUGGCUGGUCGUUUAUAUCAGCAGUUCCUUAUAAUGAUGUAUCAAAUAGGUAGGUAAAGGACAGAUUUAGUGAAGUUAAGUAAUUACCUACAGUGAGUAUAUAUUAAGUGUACAUACAUAAUUAUAAUACAGGGUUUACUUACAAGGUAUUUCUUUUCAUUGAAAAAAAAAAGUGUAUUUUUUCCUCGUGAUUAAUAUUUUUAUGAUAGAAGUAUACUUAUGAAUGUGCAACUAUGUAAAUAAUAUGUAUAUUUCAGAUGUAGAGUAUAGAGUUAUACUGGGGUCCAUUAAUUGAUCCCUUUAAUAUUACUCAUCAAUCUACCUUAGUUAUAUCUUCGAUACAAAUAUUUCUGUCUCAUUGAUUUUGUGAUAUUGUAUUUAUCAGUUAAAAUAUAACUUUAUUUUUAGUACAUGCAAUUGGAACAAUGUGUAAAAUUACUCAAAUUAUUUUGUUUGAGGAUUUAUAGUUGAAUAUUAAUAGCUAGAUAUCAAUAGCACCAGAUAUAAUAUAGCUAUUCUUUACUAUUCUGCAUAUAUAUUUAUUCCUUAAACAAUGCAACAGUAUAAAACAGAUUUAUAAGCAUUUUUCAUUCUAAUUAGAAUAUGCUGGUACGUGACAACUAGUACUGUUUAGAUAACUUUAUGCACUAUACCAAAUUUUGUCUUGUUUUACACCUUAUAUCCGACUCAUUGACAGAUAAAAUCUAAUCAGGUCAUUCAUGACCAGAUCAGCAGUGACAUGAAUUACGUCAUGUGUAAGAUGGCCAAUACAGUACUGUGAGAAUUAUUUCUGCCAAAACAGAUAUUUAGGAAUCCGGAGUGAUCCUGAAGUUAAAUCAUAUUACUAACACGAUGUACCACAGAAUGUACCAGUAUCUCUAUAAAUGUGAUAAAAGAUUGUCACAUUUUACAUUGCUCAUGCUGUUGAAGCUGUUAUUACCCAUUAGGACUAGAUAUUGAUCAAUAUCUGGCCAGAUAUAAAUAGGAUACGGUUGUAUUUUAAAUGAAUAUUGUUGGUGAUACGAGAAAAACAGUUAACUAUAAAUAUACAUGUUUACGGUAAAAUGACUAUGAACAAAGAUAAUUUAUAUUUCAUAUGUAUAUAUUUUAUGCACAACACAGCCAAAAAAAUAAUGUAAACACAGCUAAAAUUAGUUUACUAACAUUUUGUUAAAGGGAGAUAAUGCUGGCAACAUAUAUUUUUAUAUACUGAUGAUAUAAAAGGGUUUAACCAAUCCAGGUGAUUUUACAGUCUGGAUUUUAUUGUUUUACAGCAAAAGUUUUGACAUUUCCAAUAUUUGACUGUAUUUGUUGAAGAAUGUAUAUGCUUCCUUAGCUGAGCAGCAGAGUUAUUCAGGAAUUUUAGAGGUAUAAAUUAUUUAGUUAUUCAAUAUUUGUUACAGUUGUGAUAUUUUAAUACCUUGUGAUUAAACAUAACACAUCGAGACCAAGGUUUAUAUUCCUAUCACAACUUAAAUAGAAGAGAUAUUUUUAGAGCAUUUCCUUCUAUACAAUAAUCUGUUUUUAUAAGAUAAACAUAUAUUAAGCAGUGUAGUUUACUGGUAAUGGAAUCUCCUUGGAUAAAGUAUUUCAUAUCUGGUAUAUAGUGGGAAUGACGAAUGUUAUUUUGAAAGACAUUUUUUGAGCAUUAUCUUUCUUUCAACAGGCAAUAAUCCAUUUUUGUAUAAAAUUUAUAUGAAAUAGUAUAGUUUACUGGUAAUGGAAUCUCCUUGAAUAAAGUAUUAAGUAUUUUUUAUAUACUGGUAUAUAUCGGGAAUGAGGAACGUUAUUCUGUAUUCCAGUGCCUUUUGCAAUAGUAGUACAUGUACAAUAAUAAGUGUGUAUACUUGUAAUACAAUGUGAUUUUACUUGGUUAUUGUAACUGCCUAUAAUUAUAUAAUUAUCUCUGCCUAUUGUCUCUAUUUACUUAUACGUACAUUGUAAUUUCUUAUCUCUUUUUCUUUUUCAUGCUUUUAUUCUUUUUGCAAUAAAAUUCCAGUAAGUUUUGAA